CCACAUUCAAUUGUUGCACAUAAGCAGUGACAGAACUGGUCCGUUCGAAAUGUAAAACUAACAGUAAUAUACUAAACACUGUUAACAGUAACAUAACUUAUUUAUUUGAUGAAAAAAUGAUAUGGUAAAUCUAUUACAGUAACACGAACAAGUUCGUGGAAGUGGGUAAGAUUUGUUUCUCGCUGUGUCCAUGCUGGAUUGUAGCACUCGGCAGCAAUGGACUCGUCGAAAGAGUCUCCGAACUGGAUUCUGCAACAUCCGGUGUAUGACGUUAUGAAGAACCUCGGCGUGGAAGACAGUGCCCAAGUGCAUGCUGCUUUUCUUGUUUACAUGGAUCUUACUGAGCUGCGUAACUGGAAGGAGGUGUCCUGUGUUAAAAGUGAUGAACUCCAGCUUGUUUUGUUAGAGGGAAAAGAGACGGAAUGCUCGCCUAUGCAGACAGUUUUUCCACUGCCUGUGUGUCAGUUCAUAAGCCACAGAAGUAUACGACACGUGCUGGACAGAGGCUUUCCGAUGCUCCUGUGUGCCGUGGCCUCAGACUCCACGCUAGUCUACCAGAGGUUGACGGAUGGCUUGGUGACCCCCGACCCACCCGUAGGUCCUUUCCAAGAUGUUGGACGCCGCAAGCACAGGAAGAGACGACAGCAGCACUGAGCAUUUGCAUCCUGAAGAAUUCUUGCUGGCUCUCUGAAGAAUGGAUGCUUCUGUGAGGAAAUAACAUGUCUCGAGGUAUGCAGUGUGCAAUUGUGCAGGUUCUGACAUGAUGGAUAUACAGUAUAUGUGAAGCUAGGAAUGUAAUGAUAAUGUACAAGCACAAAGAGCAAAACGAGACAAUGAUUCUUACAGCAUCUUUCCAUUUUCAUUAGAUCCUGUUUCAUCCAUGUGUUGACUUUUCCCAAGUAAAGCACUUUUCUCCUGCAGGAUACAAACAUAGGAUACAAACAUAAACAGUUUUACAAUUUGUCAUAACUACAAUGUUAACAUGUAUUUAUUUGCGGUUUAUUUGGUGCUGCCUCGCUCACAGACACAUUAUAAUAGGACUUUCUGUGAAUACAGCUUGUUGUUACAACUCUGGCAUCGUACGUAUGCUUCUUAAAGGGGCCCUGUUAUGAAAAAAACAACGUUUCUUACCUAUUGGUACCUUCUGUUGCGUGUAUGGGAUCUGCAUAAGUCCCAAAAAUUCGAAAUCAAACCAUGGAGGCAUUGC